AUGACGGGAUAUGGAACUAGCUGCCUAUGGAAGUCCCCAAGAAGGAUAUUGGGAGGAUCUAUCGCUUCUCCGGGAGAAUUCAAAUUCAUGGUUCUGAUCCACAAUAUCCCACAAGAUAAAACUUGGUGCGGCGGUGCUCUUGUGUCUCGGAAGCACGUCCUCACUGCGGCACACUGUAUCAUAAGUUGGCAACUAUCAGAUUUCAAGAUCAAACUGGGCGAACACAACCUUAAGGAGCCCGAAACCCCCGAUUCGGAAAGCUUCCGGAUAACUUCUUGGGUCAAGCACGAGUCUUUCAAUUCUGGAACCUACGAAAAUGACGUGGCGGUCCUCACACUGGACCGAGAGGUCAACCUGGACAGCCAUAAGUGGCCAAUCUGUAUUCAUGAUGACGAACAAGAGAAUUUGGAAAAUGUCCUAGGCAUCACAAUGGGCUGGGGCUCUGAAACAUCAAGUAGCAUCAUCACCACCAUCAUCAUCAUCAAAGUAAUGUCAAAUGCAUUGCAUGGGAAGAGCUCAGCAACCCUUCGUAAGGUUGACAUCCCCAUCAUUUCCAAUAAGGUGUGUUCUGAGAGAUUCAAGGAAGCAGGUUUCCCUACUGUAGCAGCUCAUGUACAAGAUACAAGCGUCCAGUUCUGCGCUGGAAUCAAAGAAGGAGGAAAAGACACCUGCAACCGCACGAGGGUGUUCUUGACUUGGAGUCGACUUGAUAAGGACGCCUUCUUCUACAAGUCAGAGAAAUGA